AUGGCACCACCACAACACAACAAGGGCAAAAAGAGAUUUGUCGACCGUCGAGAGGCAAAAUCCAUUGACAUAAAACGAGCACUCACCCAUCGUGCUCGAUUGAGAAAGAAUUAUUUUAAGCUAUUGAAGCAUGAGGGUCUAGAAGAACAAAGUAAGGAUAAAUCGGAAAGUCUUAAUGAAGGAAGUGAUGACGAAGAAAACCACGAGGCCAAGUUGCGUCAACAUCACGAGUCCAAAUCAAAAAAACCAAAACCUACAAGCUUUGCCGAGAGAGCUGCUAUUGCUAAACAACGGAAAGCUGAAAAUCGUCACGAACGGUUGCAGAAAGUACAGGAGAAACUAACCAACGUAGCAAGACAGGAGAAAAUUAGGGAGUUGAAAAAGAAGGAAUUGAGUCAAAAGACCAAACGUGGACAACCAGUUAUGGGACCCAGGAUAAACAAUCUACUAGAAAAGAUCAAAAGAAAUAAUGAAUAA